GCCAAACGUAUCACCUUCAGCGGUAGAGGGCUUCCCUCAGAAAAUCCAGAAAUUUAUACUUGUGUAACUGAACCCAAUGUAUCCCACUUCCUAAGUUUCUGUUCUUAGUUAGGAGUUGUCUCGAGAGCAGAAUGAUGGCAAUGGAUACCUUUGGAUCCGAAUUGGUGACAUCCAAAGUUAAGAGUGCCAUUCGAGCCAAGUUGGUGGAACUUGGAGCAUAUGUGGAUGAGGAACUGCCAGAUUAUGUGAUGAUCAUGAUUGCCAACAAGAAAACUAAAGAGCAAAUGGAAGAAGACCUGGUGCUCUUCCUGGGAGAGAAGACUCAAGUGUUUUCACAAUGGCUUCAUGACAUCCUUCAGAAGCUUCAGCAGGUGACUGUCCAUGAGAAAUCCAAGAAAGGGUCACUUUCUGAAAAACUUCCCAAGACAGAGAAAGAAAAGUCAUCAAGUUCUGAGGCUCCCAAGUCUGUUGAAGUGAGCAAGAAAGGGGAGCUGAAAAAGCCAGUUAAUGACUUAAGUAAGAAGUUAACAGCUUCCAAGAAGGAGGAUGAUAAGGGAAAGGCAGAGGAGGAGAAAAGGAAGAAAAAAAAAGUAGAAGGAAAGGUCAAGGGUGAAGAACAAAAAAAACGAAAGAAAACUCCCAGAGAUGAUUCACCAGAGAAGAAGAAAAAGAGAGUAGAGAAAGGAGAUACUGGUAAAACCAAGGAAGUAGCCAAGAAAAGCAAGGAAGAAGGUGGAAAAGAGGUUAAAAAACUCAAAGUUGAGAAAGAAUUGCAAUCAAAGAAGGGUGAGAAGUCAAAAGAUUCAUCUAGGUCUCAGGAAAAGAAGAAGAAGAGCUCAGAGUCACAUGAAUUGAUCUCAAUUGGUGGGGUGAAGGAGCACAAGAAGAUCCCUGAGCAAGGGAGCAAAGAUAUUCAUACGGGCAAAAUUCAAAGUGAAAUUGGAAAAGAGCAGAAGAAGGCCACUGAGCAAGGAAGCAAAGAUAUUCAUCUGGGCAAAUAUCAAAGUGAAAUUGGAAAGGUUAGCGAAAAGCCUGCACCCCAUCCUUUACCUGGAGCUGUUGAGAAAAAACCUGUGGCUUCUAUCCUGAAGUUUGAAGGACCCAAAAUCCCUGAAGUAGCUGCAGAAGAUUCUGAUGCCAUUGCACUUCAAGUUGAAUGUGAUUCUGAGGAGGAAUUGGAUGUGAAUGAGAAGAAGGUGAAUGAGUCAAGAAUACCAGAAAUAGCCUUAGUCAGUACCAGCUCCGGCCCUAAGAAGGAAGUGGAUAGAGGGAAAUAUUCAAAGGAAGUAGAUACCAGAUUGAUAUUGGAUAGAAAGAGAAGGAAGAAGGAGGAGGAGGCAGACUCACAACAGGCCGCCAAGUCUCGCCGCUCCAUCUUUUCAAGGAUUGGUGCCAUUCGACACUCAGAGGAGAGUGAUGAAGGGGACAACUCUGCUCCUCAGAGUAUUUCAAGUGUUGUUUCUGUGCAGAGCAGGCCAAAGCGACCAGCUGAUAAGAUGGCUAAUAAACAGCUGUUCCUGCAUGCCAUAGCUGAGGCUCAGAAAUCUGUCUCAGGGUCAAUCAAAACUAAAGUACCUGAAUUGGAGGUGAUUUUUUUUAUUGGCUUCUAUUCUGAGGUUGUAACAGCAUGCAAUCUAGAAAUCAAAACCAGCCAUGAGGAGGAGGACUCAGAUUCAAAGAAGACUAAAUCAUCAAGUCUGGAAGAUUCCUCCCUCAGAGAAGAUGAAAUAGAGGAAUUUGCAGAGUCCUCAUCCCAUGAUUCCCAAAUCUUGAUUCUGCCAACGCCUUCACCUGGUCCUGUAAAACUGGGGAUCAGAGAUCGAAUCCAAAAGGGUUCCCUGCUCUGUGCUGAAGUUCAGCCCAUCCAGAAAUCCAUAAACUUGGAGGAUAAGGAGAACUCCUUUACGGAAGAUUUGCAAAGCCAAUAUAGCAAGGAGGAGGUAGAUAUGCAGGAGAGACAUGCUGAAAUGGACGAAGAAGACAUGAGGGAGGAUGACAAUAGUCCCACAAGAUUCUAUGUCACUAUGAAGGGAGUCAAUCCUGCUUUUUUCAAUCUCAAUGACACUGGUGAUGGAACCUUGGAAUCUGUGAUAUCUCCCACAGUCACAAUGAAUCCCGUUCUUCUGCCUAAUUCUGUGGAUGUGAUGGAUUAUGAUGAGCCAGCAGAAAACAUGGAGUUCGAGGAAACACCUAAGAGCCUGUUCCACCCCCACGAGUCCCUGCAAAGCAAUGUCGCUUUGGGGCUGGAUGUGGGAAUCCUGCUUGCAAAUUUUCGCAUCCCAAAGUAA